AUGUUUGUGGUCAUUUUGUACAUGCUUGUCGUAGUAUACACACGUAAAAUGGAGUGGUCGCAGGAAAAAACAAUCCAAUUUAUCGAGUGCUAUCGGUCUUACCCGUUGUUAUGGGAUUCAAAAGACGAAUUCUAUAAAAAUAAAAUCAAAAGACAUGAUGCCUUAGUAGAAAUUGCAGCAAAGUUUGAAGUCGAAAAAGUUGAAGUUGAGAGAAAAAUUAAAAACCUCCAAAGUCAUUUUUUAAGGGAAAAAAAGAAAGAACAAGACAGCAAAAAGAGUGGAUCUGGGGCCGAUGAAUCAUUUACUUCGAAAUGGUUCGCCUACAAAUCUUUAUUAUUUUUAUCAUCCAGAAAUAAACCUCGCAAGACUAUGGAUUCGCAAAUGAUUGAUUACACUGCUGAAGACAGCUUAGAUAGUACGACUGCUUGCACUGAAACCUCAGAUGAAUGCCGAAAGCGUUCACGCAACGUGGGGAAUGUCAACGAAAAAAUUUCGAGUGCAUAUUCUAUUAUGACGGAGGUAUACAAAAAUCGGAGUGACAAAGAUGAAUUCUCCUUGUUCGGUGACCAAGUAGCUGUGAAGUUGAGAAAAAUUUAUUGUCCUUACGCAAGACUUACUUUGCAAAAUAAAAUAAAUACCCUUCUAAUGGAGGGGGAACUCGGAGUAUACGACUCAUAUAAUUACUAUCGACCAGACACAAGUACCAGCUCUGCAACUAAUGAUGGUACUAAUAACUUUGUGCCAGAUUCUGACAAACAAGGAUAUAUUUCCAUAAAUAACAAUAAACCAGCUUUGAUUGAUAAUUCUCAAGAAACGCAGCUUUCCGUUCCUAAAGUUAUUGCAGAAGAACAAUCACGUGAUCCUUUAGCUUAAUGUCGUGCAUUUAGUUUGUUCAAAGCAACAUGCUAAAAAUGUGGUGUUUAUGUUGAUUUAUGAUGGAUGAUAGUUCUUAAGCGACGCAACUUUCCAUUCCUGAAAUUAUUACGGAGUAAUAUUCGCGUGACUGAUAAUUUUUUAGUUAAAAGCUAGAUGCUAAAGUUAUUUUAUGUUGACUUUAUUUGUUAAUUUUAUUUGUGAUUGAUUUCGUAAUACCAAAAAAUGUUUCCAUUUUUUUUAAUAAAUAAAAAAAUAAAUGCAGAUUCUAAUUUCGAAUAUGUUCCUUUAACCCAACAAUUAAUCACCUUGAAUUAUUUCUUACCUGCAUA